GAAAUAUGCUUAAUCGUUGUGAACAAUAAUAUAAGCAAUGUAAGCUUAAUUUUAGGAGACUUUGUUUUCGGUUUUCUAUUGUGUUUGGCGACUGGAACAUGUGGAAACGUCAAUUGUGUCAAUGCGGAUGAGUUUUUCGAUAGCGUUUGCUAAUAAAUGCGAGAAUAAAUUACUUGUUUUGGAACAGGUGACCAAACUUACAACAGAUUUUCAUGACUGAAGCCAUGACUAAAAGCUGCUGGGAAAUCUAGCUCGUUUGAUUACUACAUAACCGAUUAGCGUGGCACUGUCGCAGCUGUGAACGUUUUGUGUUCUAAUCUAUUGAGGAAGAUAAGCCGAGCAACGUUUAAAGCCUAACGUCAGUCGAGGGGAAACAGUCGUCGCGAUCGGUUCCAAACUUCUCGCAAAUGGGCAAAUUUGUCCUAUUUUUUCUCAUUUUUGUAUUAUCAUCUGUUCAUAUUAGUGAAUCUUACGAAUGUGGCAUCCGUAAGGUGAACUCCUCUCAGGAGAUCUCCAGCGAAAACGGUGCCACUUAUCCCGGCCAGUGGCCGUGGCACGCGGCCAUCUAUCAGCGCAGGCCCCGCCUAACAUUCGUGUUCGUCUGCGGUGGGACACUUGUUAGUGCAAAGUUUGUUCUGACCGCUGGUUUGUGCAUUUUGGACGGGGAUGGAAAUCUACCAGAUAUCCAAAACCUUUUCAUCCGACUGGGAGUCUUCAAUUUGAACGCGCCAAGCCUGAACACCGGCCAGCAUCGCUGGGUCAGCCGGAUUCAUCAAGUGUACCGGAAGCAUGCGGACGGUCGGUUCCUGGUAACACUGCUCGAGUUAAGCUCCAGGGUGGUGUUCACUGACUACGUCCAACCCGCGUGCAUCUACCAGUUGGAGGGCAUCGAUAAUCGAAUGACAUUCACGUGGCCUUUUGGAACGACCGUCGGAUGGGGUCAAACCUGGGAUGACCGUGAAGCUGUGUUGAAGAGCUCCACACUGAGAAUUCCACUAUUGUUGGAUUGUUUCGAUCAUGAUCGUGUGUUUAGAGGGAAUUCAUUGUUUUGCGCUGGAUCUGCCAACGGGACCGACCUUUGCCAGAAAGACAGUGGGAACGGAUUGUACGUGGAGUUACGGGGAGUUUGGCACGUUGCCGCUGUUGUGUCCUUCACGCCACAAUCGACCAAUAAUCACUGUCGAACGGACAGCUUCGUAGGGCUAACGAUCUUGUACGACUCCAUGAUGUGGAUCAGUAGUGUUACAAAAUUGCCGUAUUUGAUAGAAGAAAUCAUCGUGAAAGACGGACGGGAGUUUGACCCAACCAAAAGCUAUCGGAACUUGCUGCCUCGGCACUGUGGAAGUUUCCUCCAGAACCGAAUCACCAAUGGGAAAACGGCACCUUUGUUUGCGUAUCCGUGGAUGGCGUUCUUGGCGAAUCGAUUGAAGGACGUCGAUAAGGUCAAAUUUAUCUGCGCCGGUUCGCUCAUCAACAAGCGUUACGUGCUAACGGCGCGAAGGUGCACCUCGUUCAACAACCUACCUGAAUUUGUGCGACUGGGAGAUCACACCAUUGGCCAGGACGUGGAUUGCAACGUAAACGACGAAUCCGAUUGUGCUCCUCCGUUUCGGGAUUACUACGUUGAAUUCAUUGUACACAAUAAGGAUGAUAGCAAUAUUUGUUACAGAAACAAUAUUGCCUUGAUAAGACUCAAAACCGAUGUUAUCUACGAAGAACACAUUCAACCCAUCUGCCUGCCGGUGACCCCGGACCUUCGACGGCAAAAGCUCGACCAGUACGUCAUCACCGGCUGGGGUGGGUACAACUACUUGUUUGCUUUUCACAAGUCGCGUACGCUGCAGGUGGCCACCAUCGGGGCUGCCAGCGUGGCGGAAUGCGACCGGCACUACGUCAACUAUCUCAGAUAUCCGGAUCCGGCCACGGGAAGAAGAUGGAGUGAUCCGUCACCGAGCGCCGUCCACACCUGCGUCGGAGACGACGGCGGCCCGCUCGGCUAUCCGGUUGCGCUCCGCGGCACGGUCCGGUUCGUGCAGUUUGGCGUGAUCGCGUACGGACUUCCGGGCUGCUCCGGGGGACCGUCGGUGUACGUCAAUGUGUCACGGCAGAUGGACUGGAUUGUUGCCAACAUGGAGGAGUGACGGAAGCUUGUAAAAUUGAUAAAUUUUAUGCUUGAAAAAACUUUAAAUAUCUUUUAAUUUGAAAUUCCGAAAAAAAACAAAACCUUUAAGAAGCCCAUUAAAGUUCACGACCAACGUGGAAACGCACGAUACGUCAAAACGAAAACAAAACAAACAGCGAGAGUGGGCAAGAGAAGCAAUCUUCUCUCAAAAAGCUCACUCUCUCGCAAAAAAAAAAACAAUCCCGUUUUGACAACCUUCCGUCUCCAUCCCUUUCAAGUAGCGAAAAAGAGAGAGAGAGAGAGAGAGGGACUUCAACGAGCCUUUUUCCUCAGCCGACGAACCUAUUUUUUUUAUCUUUUCGCACCAGCCUACUUUGUGACAGUUUUUUUUUUUCGGGGGGCGUUUGGCUAUUUUGAGGUUAGCUUGGGCAAAAGGGCUCGCCGAACAAGCGACCAAUCAACGGCGUUGUGUUGCCAGGGUGACGACAUCUUGUGGUCACACGCGCGCGCGCUUCAAAGUUGAGCCUCCAAAAGGAGGUGGCGGUUUCCAAGGAGACGGACGGAAUGGUGAGGCUGAAAGCUGGUCAACAACAACAAACAAGAUUUGUGAUGACGGAGACGCGGACGAUCGAGAGAAGGAUGUUGAGAGUUCAGCAGACGCGGGUCAUAAAUGCAAAUUAGCUUAGCGAUUUGGUGGAGUAAACAUGUUUUCACCGUGUUUUGACGUCGCGAUAGAUUUGCAGAAAAAAAGAGUUUUUUUUUGUCGUAUUAUGGGGGUGAAAAAGUAGUAAUUUUUAUUGACGCAAAUGUGUUACGAAUGUCAGUAAUUGGCAUCCUUCUUUUCUAGACUCAAAUAAAUGUAAAUUUG